GAGGUCCACCACACCUUCAUCGGUGUCCACAACCAGCAGCAUCGCAAGCUCGUCGAGAUGGCCUCGAUUCCGUUCAACACGCCGCUCAUCCUAGCUUGUGCUCUCUCACUCCAUGGCCUGCGCAAGCGUUCCUUGUCGCCUUCCGGUGCAGCCGCUGCCUUCUUCGUCGGCUAUACCAUGCUCGCAGUACCUCUUCGCACGUUCGGCGUCGCGCUCAUCAUCUUUUACCUGGCCGGAUCGCGUGCGACGAAGGUCGGCAAGGCUCUGAAGACGAAACUGGAGGAGGGACAUCAAGAUGCCGGCUACAGAAACGCUGCGCAGGUGUUAUGCAACUCCCUCUCGGCUGCCAUCGCUGCACUGCUCUGGAGCGCGCUCUACGAAGCGAACUCCUGGCCCUCGAAACUGUACGAGGCUGCGAACCUAACAGAGGUCGCGGCCCCUUCCAGGCUUCCGUAUGACUUCAGUCAGUGGUGCCCGCUAACGCCUCCACCCUCUGCCAACUGGAGCCGUCCGUUGCUCUUCGUGACUUUAGGGCACUUCGCAUGCUGUCUAGGCGACACUCUGGCGUCUGAGCUCGGCAUUCUGUCGCGCUCGCCGCCCAUCCUUAUCACCACCCUCAAAGUUGUGCCGCCCGGCACCAACGGCGGUCUCUCCAAGACCGGAACCUUGGCGUCACUUAUGGGCGGCCUCAUCAUGGGCAUCACCAUAGCGGCGUCACUCGUUGUACAGAGCACGGCAUGUCGGACCGCGUGGACGAGCGUCGUGCCUCCUCUGCUGCUCUGGGGCACCUUCGCAGGAGGCCUGGGUUCCAUGGUGGACUCCCUGCUCGGCGCGACGCUGCAGCAGACGCGCUUCCUCAACUCUACGAAGCGCAUCCUGACGGAUGAGGCGCCGGAGCCUGCCAAGGAUGCGGACGUGAAGGUCGUCAGCGGGUAUAACCUCCUGACGAACAACCAGGUCAAUCUCAUCUCUUCUAUCGUCACUGCUGUCAUCCUCGGCGUCCUCGCGUAGGACUGGGGCGCCGUAGAAGCCGCCGCUCGAGUCAUUGGCAUCCGCUUACGGCGUGCUGUGGUAUGUUAUCGUACUAGGCUGGGUGCGAAUCAUUGAUGCAUGGAGCGGAUACUAUAGUAAAAUCGGUGUCGAAGCGUGGAAGUCGUGUCGGGAACAAACGUGGUGGUCAGUGCACAUCAG